GUGUGGAUUGCUCGAAGCCUUGAACCUCAAAAAAAAUUAAAUCCCUCAUACAUAUUUGCGGUUCAACAAAACAAAAAGUAGAGCAGAUCAAGCCGAUGCGAGAAAUCAACUUCCUGAUCCUCAGUUCCUCAUUUCUUUCACUCAUUCGCCAAGUCAUUUCAUUUUUUUUUCUACUGGUGAAAAAAAAAAAAAAAAAAAAAGGACCGAUAAGCUCAGGAACAAGGGUCCUCUUUUUCAGGAACAAGAGUCCCAUUUUUCAGGAACACUAUUUUUUCAAGUGACGCAAUAACGGAAUGCCAGGAAUCACAGCGUCUGUGCCAGCUGGGGUGCAGGGACUCCCUCAACCCAGCGACAACUUUUCCCGCAGGUUCCGCAACAGGGGUCCGUUGAUUCUCCGUCAGAUCAUCGAUCCAAAAGUACUGAAUCAAUGGGCCCAGGAUCCAGAGCAUGUUGCCCAGGCCCUGAAUAACAGUGUCCAGGAACAGAAGCAGAAAGAGGAGGGGUUUGACGCCGCAGUGUCUUUGCUGUCGAUCACAGAGUCGGAGACUCUCCGUGAACCGCUGCUGCCGGUUAUGGUUGCCGAGGACACCAAGAACUUCAUGGACAACCCGCAGUUUACCAAGAAGAUAGCCAUGACCGCCCGCGAGAUCGUUACCCGAGUGCUUGUGCGUCCAUCGUCCUCGAUCUCAUGCGAUGCAGGGUCUGAUAUCUAUGCGGACAACAACAGCACCAAAGAGACUAGCGCACAGACAGCUGUAACAACAACAUCCUCAGUAUGCAUUUGUCCUCUCUGCGAGAACAACCACGCUUUAGACUCAGACUCGGACUUGGACCCACAUGAUUCGUUUAUCCGCUUCUACUACCGCGGCCACGUCCCGCCGUCCCUCUACACUGCCCUCCAGAUCCCCGCCCUCCUCGAUUCCCUCUCUCUACCCUCGGACACUACUCCUUUCGCCAGCGCACCAAACAAAUCUCUUAUGCGGAUCUGGAUCUCUCUCGCUGGCGCGACGACCCCAUUGCACUACGACCGUUGCCACGGGAUCCUUAUGCAGUUGGUCGGUCGAAAACGCUUCGUCGUGUUCUCGCAUGAGGAUACCAAUAACCUUUACGCCUACGACAGCAUCGCCGGGCCAGGACAUGCGAGUAAAGUGCGUGGAUUGGGACAUUGCUUCCCCUUUGUCUCUUCCUCUUCAGAUAAGGCACAAGAGCUCUACCAGCAGCAGCAGCAGCAGCAGCAGGAGAGGAAGCAUUUGGACGAAAAUCUGUCAGAGGUGCUGGAACGAUGGCCAAAGAUCAAGUACACGGAUCCGUGGGUGAUUGAUUUGGAGCCUGGUGAUGCGUUGUACACCCCACCGGGGUUCUGGCAUGAGGUGACGAGUGUCGAUAACUCGAUUAGUAUCACGGUGCCCUGGGAUAUGGACGCGAGCGAGCUGGAGCAUGUUCCCAGGCAUAUGGCCUUCUGAAAUAGACUUUAUCAUUACAUCUAGAGCAGGAUUAUAGAAUAUAGACUCAUAGAGCAUAGAGAAGCAAUAUUUGGAGAUUUAUACCCAUUGAAGAAAUCCAUAACAUGGCAUGAAACUCGUCUGCAGGCGUUUCUCGACGUGGGAGGUUCUACAACCUUUCGAU